UCUCGGCGGCACCAAGCUGACCGCGCGAGGAAGAAACACAUCACACCCUAAGCUCCUAAUCCAAAAAUAUUAUACUCCCUCUUUCUCUCUCCCCUGUCUGCUCCCCUUUCUCCCCUCGCCGUCCAGGGAGCUUCGCCGCCGCCGCCGCUCCGUCUCUUCGCCGCGGCAGUCGCCCGCCGCGGACGCAGCUGUGACUUUAGACAAUUGUUAGAACAUCAAGGGCCGAUGGCUGGUGCUGUCAUAAUUGAUGAUUCUGCUGCGAGCAGCAGUGGGCUGGGUGACGAGGAUCGUUGUGUCACUGGUGAUUCACUCUCUAUGUGGCGAUCCUGCGAGCAGGUUGAUAAUGGGUUCCCAUCAACUUCCCCUCCCUUUUGGGACACCGAUGGUGAUGAUGAUGAUCCUGGGACCAGACCUUUGGAUUUAUUUGGGCGAUAUACUUGGAGAAUAGAAAACUUUUCAAAGGAGAAGAAGAGAGAAAUGAAAAGCGAACCAUUUGAAGCUGGUGGUUACAAGUGGUAUAUUCUAGUUUACCCUCAAGGAUGUGAUGUCUCCAAUCACUUGUCGUUGUUUCUUUGUGUUGCUAAUCAUGAAAAACUCCUCCCAGGAUGGAGCCAUUUUGCACAAUUUACUAUAGCUGUGGGCAACCUUGAUCCAAAGAAAGUUAAAUAUUCAGACACCUUACACAGAUUCUGGAAGAAGGAACAUGAUUGGGGAUGGAAAAAGUUUAUGGAGUUGUCAAAGAUUCAAGAUGGUUUUGUUGUUGACGAUGUUCUUGAAAUCAUAGCUCAAGUUCAAGUUAUCAGAGAGAAAGCGGACAGACCAUUUCGCUGUCUUGAUCGCCCUUAUCGUCGAGAAUUGCUCCGUGUAUACAUGACGAACAUAGAGCAGAUUUACCGACGCUUUGUUGAAGAACGCAGACGUAAACUUAUCAGGCUCAUUGAUGAUAAAUGGAAGUGGUCCAGUUUCCGCGCUUUCUGGCUUGCCAUUGACCCAACAACAAAACACCGCAUGUCCAGAGAGAAGAGCGACACCAUACUGAAAAUGGUGGUGAAGCAUUUUUUCCUUGAGAAAGAAGUCACCUCAACAUUAGUUAUGGACGCUCUGUACACUGGUUUGAAGGCACUUGAGGGCCAUAGCAAUGGCAAGAAAGGAAUAGUAACAUCAAUGGACCUGGAGGACCUUCCAGCACCUAUGGUCCAUGUUGAUAUGGACAUGUUUGUUUUGGCUGGUGAUUUCAUAUCACUUCUUGAGAGGGCAGCUUUAGAGCCAUUGUCUUGCCAGUCUCUGUCACCAAAAGAUGACAAAUGUUCCCAAAGCCGUGCUAAGGAUGGUGGUGGUUCUGGAGAAGUUAACAAAGUUCCUAUUGAGCGUGAAGAAAGGCGCCUAACUGGGUUUGGUCAGAAGAUAAUUGAAACAUUUGUGCUGUCUCAUAUAUUUAGUGGGGUUGAGGUUGCCUAUAAAGAAGAUGUUGCUUUGAAGAGACAAGAGGAGCUUAUUCGCGAAGAGGAACUCCUAGAAAAUGAGAAGGGGAAGCGGGGCAGUGCCAAUGAGAAGGAUAAGCGUGCUAAGAAAAAACAGGCCAAACAAAAGAAGAACGGUCGUAAGGUUAAGGACAAGGAAAGAGUAGAGAAAUCUGAUUCGAAUUUUCUAGAAAGGGGUCGAGAUGGAAGCACAAAUCAUGAUAGGGAAAACUCCAAGCAUGCUGGACUGUUGGCCGCGAAACCUGACAACUCUGGAGAUGGUGCUUCAGAUAUAUCAGACAAUGUAGAUGGAUCAAUUGAGGCAUGCGAGAAGGAAACUGUGGACAUUGAGUCACUGGUAACAUCUGUAUCUGCUACCGUGAGCAGCAUACGAGGCAAAAUAAAUAACUUGCUAGACAGCACAAGCCACAUUACUAGAGGGAGAUCUCGGCGCAACAGGGUCAUUAGCAGUAUAAUCGCUUCCCAAUAUGAAGAUGAUCUUCCCUCAUCUAGCUGUUCAGAUCGCAAUACAUAUGGUUGUGGCCCAGCUCCAAGGCGUGACCAAGAGACUGCUUUACUCACCUUAAAAGAUAGGCUCCGUGAGCUUGGGCAACGACUACAUGAGAAGGAAAUUGAGGGCAGGGAACUACUCAAGGCCCAUUUGGAAAAGAAGGCAGCUGCUGAGGCAGCAGCAGGUUCAUCCUCAUCUGACUCCUUGGAAAAGACUCCUCAGGUUCGGAAGGUCCCAGUGCAAUCCUUGGUAACUGUUAAUGAUGGAAAUAGUAAUGCACCAGCAUCAAAGUCUUUACCUGUAGCCACAAGUGGUGACAGUAAUGAAGCUGUUCCAGCAACAGCAACAUCCACCAUAAACACCAAAUCUGUGCCUAUCACACCAACUCCAAGUAAAAUUGAGCCAAUAUUGUGCGAAGAACAUGCAUCAAGUUCAAGCCAGAAAGCUGAGAGCACUACGUUGAUGCCCUCGAGAUCAACGCCAGUUGAUAAAGCUAUUCCAACUCCCCCACAAUCACCUCUGCCACAGGCUGAUACAGUUGGUAAAGCUACUCCAGCUCGACCAAAAUCACCUCUUCCACAGGUUGGUACAGUUUCUAAAGCUACUCCAGCAACCACAAAAUCUUUUACAUCACAGCUCGAUAAAGGUGCUAUAUCAGCUGGCCCAAAAUCACCUGCAACCCAGGUUGAUACAAUUUCGCAGCAUAACUCAGUAUCACGACAGAUUCGAUCCACAUCUAUCUCAAAAGCUCGAGAAGAUACAGAUUCUGAGAGGGUUGUAGCCACUUCUGUACCCAGAACCAAAACUCCUACGCCAACAUCAAGGCCUACAAGUGCUCCUCUGUUCCAGGCACCAAGUUCAACACCACCUACACCAUCAGUCCAAGUUUCUCCAUUGCUUUCACACUCAUUGACUGUGUCUGAACGACUGAGGGAUGAGCCUUCCCCUUCUGCCCCAAUUAUAUCACAGGCCUACAGAAAUGCUUUCCUUGGUAAGGGUAGUCUGAAUACAACCUCAUCAAGUCAUGAGCAAUCAACUUCUAUAGGCCAAUAUACUGCAGUUUCACAGCCAUUGUCAGCAUAUGCAUUAGCAACAUCUGUCAUGGCGUCUCCUACUGAAAGGAAUGAGCAAUUACCAGGAAAGCAAAGCUACAUGUUUGGGCCUAGCAAGCCAGAAGCUCUCGAUAACUGGCACUUGAGGAAAGGAAAUAGUGAUGUCAACAAACAUACGUGGAAGGAUGAUAUUCCUAACCAGCAAAUAACCAAUUGCGAUGUGCAUGUUCACCCCGUGAAAGAUAUUUCUUAUCAGCAACUGGGCACCAGCGCAAUAGAACAGGGCAGAUUGGGUGGACUACAAUAUAGGCAAUUCCAGAGUGAGAUGCCUGCAAGUUUUGUUUCAUACCAGCAGCAGGGGCCAGUGGGUGAAGAAUUCCCUCACAUUGAUAUUAUCAAUGACUUGCUUGAUGAAGAUCAAAGCAGUGUGUGUAUGGCUGCCUCUCCACUCCAUGAAUAUCAUACAUUUGGCUUGCCAUUUUCUACAGGAGGCAAUAUGGUGGACUCUGAAAUGGCUUCUAUAAGUAGUUCUGGCCGGUUUAACUCGACCGACCAUUACUACGAUGAAAGUUACCUGAGGGCCUACGACACACAGAAUGCUAUGCAUAGGUUGAGAGAUGGGCAACUUUCCACAUUGGAUGUUUACUCCAAUGGAAGGUUGGACACAACUGCCCCGAAGCCUUGGCCAUAUAGCCAUUCAAAUCCAGCAGUGAACCAUGGAAUUAAUUCUAAUGCAUUCCCACAGAGGAUCGGGGACUAUACUAAUUUAGCAAAUGGGAGGGUGAAUGGGGAAUACCCGGAAUAUCUAUAUCGCCGUGCCAACAGGCAAUGGUGAUGCCUCUAUACAAUCAGUAAUAACGCUUGUUGUAACUGACCAUGGUGCCAAUCUAAGGUUUGCCAUGGCCUUUAAUUUGAUUUUUCUUAAGUUCAAAAUGGGAAAGAAAGGAUACAUCAUGUAACGUGUUACCUGCAAAGUCAAUCACUAUAUUGCUUGUAUA